AUGGAAAAAGAAAAAGAAAAAAAAAAGGAUAUAUACGAACUGCUAAAGUCUAAACCAAAGGAUUUAGGGUUUCAUUGGAUGGCUCUGUGGCGCCCUCUGGCCUAUGGAUUUCGAUCGGCGUCGCCCCCCUCGUCCCUGCAAUUGCGAUUAGAUCGCCUGAACUUCGUACAAUUAGGGUGAGAUUGUAUGGCGGUACUUAAGGAUUCGAGGACGCUGUAAAGAUUAGGGUUUUCAAUCUGAGUUUUUAGGGUUUACAUUUUUGAUCCGACCUGUAAAACUAAUACCAGGAAAUCGGAGCAGGAAGACAAGUAUUGUUGAGCGAAUUUUAUUCGUUCUGUAAAAAUGCGAGAAUCGCACAAAUCGAAAAGGGUCUCUUGGGCUUCAGAUGUAAACCUUUGUCAGGUCAAGCUGUUUUUAUCCGAAGAAUCUCCUUCACAAGUUGGAGUAGAUUCUCAAGAACACCUUCAAGCUAAGGCAUUCCUAUCACAUUCAACUGGAACCAGCUCUGACGAUGUUCUACCUCCAGGCUUUGAAGGAGCUCACUCUGCAAAUUUGUUACAAACCAAAUUGUCUCAAAUUCCUAUUGUCAAAUGGAGGUGUCCUCCAAAGUUUGUAUUAAAUUUGGCCUGGUGCGUGGUUGCUGGGGAAGAAAGCCAAGAAGCUGGGAUUCAAAAUCAGAGGGAGAUGAGAGUACUAGAAGCAGUUUAUCCACGCCCAUCUGCCAUUCCGCCAAACUCCUCAGACAUGUUAAACAUAGAAGAUUCUCCUUAUGAUGAUGGGCGAACUCCGUCAAUACCCAUUACUGCCAUUGAAGAUGAAGAUGUUGCAGCCGAUUCAUCAUCUGAACCCAUGAUGCCAUUUAAUGUUCCCAUAAGGACACAGUCUAUACAACAGUCCAUUGGAGUUCCGUCGUCAUCACAACAUGGUGCACCGAACAUGGCAAAGUCUCCUGCCUUGGAGAAGCCAGCAGCAGGAUUGGUUCCCAGCACAGAACCUAGUAUUUUGGCUGCUGCUCUGACUGGACUUGUGAACAACAACGAGCAGGGAAACUUGAUUGACCAUGAAUUGCUCUUAAAGAUUCUUAGUAACCCAAUGAUGGUUGAGCAAAUAGUAACUGAAUUUGGAACCCCAAACCCCAACACACAGAACACACCAAUAUCAAGGUCACCUCCUGCAAACAUAACAGAUCCACUUCCUUCUCAGGUUAAUAGGACACUGUCAAGCGUACCUGUAUCAGCUGCUACGUCAAGUGGACCACACUAUCCCCAGCCAGGUGGGGCUGUAAUAGGACACCUAUCAAAUUCACAUUCUCGAUUUCCACCUCCUCCCCCGGCCCCAGUACCCUGUCCACCUUCACAUGUAAAUGCUUCUGCAAAAGACAUAAAUUAUUACAAGAGCUUGAUUCAGCAGCACGGAGGAGACAGGCAAGAGAACCCGAAUCCUCCACAAUAUGGUAACCGUUAUAGCCACCAAUCGGCGAUGAACCAGGAAACAGUUAACAGUCAUAAACCAAGAGAGUCAAAGCCUAAAAUAAUGAAACCUUGCAUAUAUUUUAAUAGCUCAAGGGGCUGCCGGCAUGGAGCCAAUUGUACUUAUCAGCAUGAUGUAUCAUAUCAGCAGCGUGGUAGUUCCAUGUCAGAAGUGCAGAAUGCAAAGAGAACCAAAUUUGAUAGAGAAAUUAGCAGUUAAAUUUGUAGUUCCCGUUUGUACAUUUUUACAUGGGGGAGUCGUGAUUCAGCUUGGAUUUUGUUCUGUUUCACCAGCCUUUUUUUUUUUUAGCUUAAAAAAAUGAAAAAUGAAAACGAAAGAAGUUAUAAAUUGCUUGAUUUGUUUACUCUUCCUUAUUUGAAACAGUAUAAGAUAUUAUUCAGAUCUAUAUUUUCCGAAAUUGGUCGAUGAAUAUGUAGGAACUGCAAUUUUUUUAUGCAUUCUUAUCCACUAGAACAGUGAAAUCACUAUUAUUCACUUGUUAGAUACUGUUUUACAAUCUGAAUGCUAUCCUUUUUCUUUCA